AUGAGUAGUUUUCAUAUCUUUUUUAUUAUAUCUUUCUGUUUUUAUCUUUUCCUUUCUCCUUUCAUAUUUCUUUCUCUUUUUCUCUCUUCCUUUCUUCUUUCGUAUAUCUCUUUGUUUUUCUCUCUUCCUUUCUUCUUUCAUAUUUCUUUCUCUUUUUCUUUCUUCUUUAGUAUAUCUUUCUGUUUUCUUUCUCCUUUAGUAUAUCUUUCUGUUUUCUUUCUUCCUUUCUUCUUUCGUAUUUCUUUCUCUUUUUUAUCUUUUCCUUUCUUCUUUCGUAUUUCUUUCUCUUUUUCUUUCUUCUAUAGUAUAUCUUUCUGUUUUUCUUUCUUCCCUUCUUUCGUAUUUAUUUCUCUUUUUUCUCCCCCUUUCUUUUUUCGUAUAUCUUUCUGUUUUUCUUUCUUCCCUUCUUUCGUAUUUAUUUCUCUUUUUCACUCCCCCUUUCUUUUUUCGUAUAUCUUUUUGUUUUCUCUUCCUUUCUUCUUUCGUAUUUCUUUCUCUUUUUCUUUCUUCUUUAGUAUAUCUUUCUGA